GUUUGGUGCUGGUCAGUCAGUCUAUUGUCAUCCUGUUGGAGGAAAUAAUUUGUUCGGUGUGCAAGGAUCCACAGGGAAAAUGGCUACAAUAAAUUUGGGGGAUCAGAUGGCACUCUUCAACCAGUAUGACAGCGAGUACUGCACAAAGGCCACAGACGUUGCCAGAAAAGUACAAGCAGUGAGCAGUCUUGGAUCAGAUUCGCGCCGAUCGAAGCUCAGAGAACUUGAGUCGGACUUCAAGGAGGCUGAGCAGAUCGUAAAGAGGAUGGAGAUGGAGGCAAGGAGCUUUUCAGCAGACCGAUCCAGACCUCUCCUUACAAAGGUGAAGGAGUAUAAGGCGGAUGUGGCGAAGCUGCGGGAGAGCGCGCAGGCGGCGGCUGCAUCAACACCGGGGGGAGCGGCGGCGCGCGCAGAGCUGGGGCUGAUGGAUGACUACAGCCAGACGAGCUCUGGGCAGCGGGAGCGGCUGCUGCAGACGACGGAGAAGCUGGGCCGCACUGGGGAGCGCAUCACUCAGGGACGCCAGCAGCUGCUGGAGACGGAGGAGCUGGGAGUGAGCAUCCUACAGGAUCUGCACCGGCAGCGACAGACGAUCGGCCACGCGCGAGACACGCUGCACGGCGCAGACGACAACAUCGCCAAAGCCAGGAGAGUGCUGUCCUCCAUGUCGCGGCGCAUCACAACCAACAAGCUCAUCGCCGGCGCCAUCAUCCUCCUGCUGCUCGCCGCCAUCGUGCUCGUCGUGUACUACAAGUUCAUCAAGAAGUGAAGGCGGGGAAGAGCAUUUUGUGGGGCAUUGCGCAGCAGGCUGCGGCAGGCUUUUUCCCCUGGUGUUUUUCCAUCGUUCUUAUUUUGGGCUACAAGAAUGUCAUCAAAGGAAAGGGCUCCAAUACUUUUGUGGGAGCAACUUUGCUGUUGUACAGCGGCGGUGUGGAUCUGCUGCAUGCACUGGCGGAAGUGCACUAUCAGGGGUAAUACUACUUCAUCAAGAAGUGAGGCGGGAGGAGCAGAAGCUUUCAGGGGCCCUUGCCAUGGUCUGUCGCAGCGGGCCUCUGUUGGCUGCUGCUUGCUGCUGUUGUGUAAACGAGUUUGUGAAGAAGUGAGGGGUGGAAGAGCAUUCUCCGGGGCCUUGUGCCGCUGGUCUUAACACCCUGCCAAAUUUGUCUUCUUGUUGGGGUUCUGAUUUAUGAUUUAGACAAGCUCUAUUCUGGGAAAGUUGGAAUAGAAUGUGGUGCUUCUACUGGGGAUGUGCUUUUUCAGUAUCAUCGGCUUUUACAAUUUGGAAUCUGAGCACUGCUCUUGAUUGCUGUUGCCCAACUCUCAAUUGAGAUUGCAAUGCAGAAUGAUCCAGAUGAUCUAUGAUCAUGAUGACGUUAGGCUGGGUCUCAUGCCAUGUUCAGCGGAGUCACAAGAAAGUUUCGUUUGGCGGUCACAGCAUGCUGCGCUAAAGUUUCCAUGCAGCUGAAGCCAGCUUACUUCUGUACACAUGUAACUGUUGGUACAAGGC